GGGUGAGGGGUGGGAAAUAAGGGUGGAUUUAAAAAGGAGGGUGGUUGGGUGGGGGCUUGGUGGCAGAAGAGUUUGAGCCCUUUCCUGGGUGAUUUUGGGGCACAUUGAGGAUGGUCAGGGAGUUACAGCGCCGCUCCUUUUGGAAGGCAGUGCUGGCCGAAUUCCUGGGAAUGACCAUCUUUGUUUUCCUGAGCACUGGCUCGGCCACCAAGUGGACCCCCAGAGGAUACCCAGCCGACAUCGUGCAGAUCUCCCUGACCUUCGGCUUGACCAUUGCCACCAUGGCGCAGAGCAUCGGGCACUUGAGCGGGGGGCACCUGAACCCAGCGGUGACCCUGGGGCUGUUAGCCGGCUGCCAGGUCAGUUUGCUGCGGGCUAUCCUCUACAUCGCCUCGCAGCUCCUGGGCUCGGUAGCCGCCAGCGCUCUGCUUCUGGGGCUCACCCCCUCAUCCAGGAACAGCACCCUCGGACUCAACGCUCUUGCGGAGGGAGUGACCCCUGCACAGGGCCUCGGUGUUGAGAUUAUCAUCACCUUCCAGCUCGUCCUUUGUGUCUUUGCAACUACCGAUAAACGGAGAAAGGAUCUUUCUGGCUCCGGCCCUCUGGCCAUUGGUCUAUCAGUUGCUAUUGGUCACCUAAUGGCGAUUGGCUUCACAGGAUGUGGAAUGAACCCUGCUCGAUCCUUUGGACCUGCUGUCAUCACUGGCAACUUCCGAGACCACUGGCUGUACUGGGUGGGUCCCAUCAUCGGAGGUGUGGCUGCUGCCUUUGUCUAUGACUUUGUGCUCACCUCGCGGCCCGGGGACCUGUCUGAGCGACUGAAGGUGCUCACCAACGGCCAGAUCGAGGACUACAAUGUGGAGACGGAGGAGGACAGUGCUCAAAUGGAGAUGAAGCCGAAAUAAGACGUGAGAGAGAGAGAGAAAAGAGUGGGGGAAGAGAGGCAACUGCUGACGGUGGGGACGACAAACAAGACUCGUGGGGGGUUCGUGGGGGAGGGUGUGUGGGCCGGGGCGGGUAUAGCGUGGGUUUCUCUCUCCUCUCUGCGGAUGUUGGCUCAGGAAGAUGGACAAAUUGUAGACACAGAUCCAGAAAGACUGAUUCCCCCCCCGCUCCCCUUUUAACACCCAGAGCAGGAAAUCUUGCUGAUGGAGAGAUGCAUGGCCUUCCUUUGGGAUAGGCAUCUAGGCCCAGCUCUGAAGGAACGUCAACAUGAACUCUCUGUCCCCGGAUACCGUGCGUCUCUCCCAAGCUUGCUUCCGAACUGCUUCACCCUCGUUGGUUUGCGUUGAGGUGGGCGUGGUGGAGGUGAUUCUGUGUGCCUCCCUAGUCUUCAGGCCUACCUCCUCCCUUAAUUCGGCUGCUGUUGGCCUUCUUUGCCCUGUAACUCUCUGACCCCCGAGACCCUCGUCCCUCACCGUUUCCCUAGUUCGGAGAGUCAGUACAGAAACGAUGGGCCAAAUGAGCUGCUUCACGGCCCAAACCAUACCACGGCCUCAGCCACAGAUGUGCUGCCAAAGGUUGGCCAUUGGCCUAAAGGAAAGACUCUUCGGCAGCUAACCUCCGCCCGGCAAACCCUAAAAUCAAUAACCCCCACCAAAGGCGGAAGAAUCUCUUUCGUUUUUAGCUUGAGGGGUGAACAGGACAUCAGGUGGGGUGAGGUCGGGGAAUCUGUCACUGCCUGUCGUUCAGAAUGGUGGCUAUUGGGCAUCGUCCAUCCAGGCAGAGAUCACUGCCCGCGACCCCCCCCCCCCCCCAUCAGAUAACGGCGCCUCUGGCAGUGCAGCAUUCCCUUGGCGCUCUGUGCCCCUGUUGCGGGCGAACGUGCCCAAGUCUCUGCGCAAUGGGGGCUCGACCUCGCGACCUUCCCAUCCAGAGGUCAAGGUGCUGCUCCCCCCCACAAGCCAAGGCGGUGACCUCUGACCUUCCAACUUCCGGGACAGCGGUGGAUUGGUCAGGGCCGCGCCCCAAUUUUCCUGACUUGUGCCCAACACGGGGAUGGGCGGCACUAUCACAGGAGGCCAGUCGGCCUGUCACCGUCCUUCAUGCUAGCCCCUGCCACAUCUUCUGGAACCUUCUAUCGACUUCCCUCUCGAAAGCUCCUGAGGGCCCACCUUGCACCAGGCUUUCUGGCAGUGCUUCCCAGGUGAAAGCAUUAGACAUAUGAGCAGAGAAUAGGCCAUUCGGCCCAUCCAGCCUGCUCUGCCAUUCAAUGAGAUCUGAGAGUCCUCAAUUCCACCUUCCUGCCUUUUCCCCAUAAUCCGUGAUUCCCUUCCUGAUUAAACAUCUGUCCAUCUCAGCCUUGAACAGAUUCAAUGCCUCAGCCUCGAGAGGCCCUCUGCCAUGAAGAAUUCCACAGAGUCACCACCUCUCUGAGAGAAGAAAUUCCUCCUCGUCUCCAUCUUAAAUGUGCGUGACUUCCUGCUCUGAGAUUACACCUACUGCUUCCCGACUCUCCCACAAGAGGUAUCACCCAUUCCACAUCCACUCCAUUAAAUCCUCCAAAAAAAGUGCUGUCCGUUUCAUGAAGGCCGCCUCUCAUUCUUCAAAACUCCAGCAAGUACAGGCCCAAUCUACUCGACUUUUCCUCAGAGAACAGUCCCUCCAUAGUUGGGACCAGCUGAGUGAGCCCUCUCUGGGCCGCCUCCAAUGCCCAUGUACCUUUCCUUAGAUACGAGGCCCAUACUGUUUACGGUAUCCCAGCAAUCAACACAACGCUGGCCUCAUACUCUGCAGUCAUCCCUUGACAAGGUUGCCCACUUCCUAACUGGUCGAUUGACAUCAUCCUCUGUGGAAGAGGUGAGGGGGGUCGUUCUGUAAGCGUAGGCCCCAGCCCCAGAUCUGCUGGGGACCCUCAAAGCCCUCACUGUCAAGCUACAGUUCCCUCAAACUCCAUUUUCCUUUCAUUUCCACCCCCAACGUUCCCUAGCGCGCGGCUAACUGCUUGCGAAAGCUGAAGUGUGUUCUGGAAACGGGUUCGGAACGCCAAUGGGGGCGUACGGAGGUGUCAGCCCUGCACCAAAGCAUUGUACUGCUUGUGAAAGUAUGGUUCAAAUGCAGGAAGCAAAUGCGCACAGUAAGAUCCCAGAACCAGGGAUGAUCAGUUUUCGAGACGUCGCUCGAGAGAUAAGUACUGAUCAGAGAACAUUGGGACAUCUGGCUACUCCUCUUCUUCCAGGCAGGACUUUCCACAUCCCGCUGUGCGGGUUUUUAAAAUUAUUCAUUAAUGGGCCGAGGGCGUCACUGUCCAGGCAGCACUUACUGUCCAUCCCUAAUUGCCCAGAAGCGCAUUUGAGAGUCAACCACAUUGCUGUGGGUCUGGAGUCACACGUAGGCCAGACCAGGUAAAGAUGGCAGAGAUAAUAAAGUGUGAAGCUGGAUGAACACAGCAGGCCAAGCAGCAUCUCAGGAGCACAAAAGCUGACGUUUCAGGCCUAGACCCUUCUUCAGAAAAGGGGGAGGGGGAGAGGGUUCUGGAAUAAAUAGGGAGGGGGGGAGGCGGAUUGAAGAUGGAGAGAGGAGAAGUGUAGUGGGAGACAGAUCCCCUGGGGUUUGUCCAGAGGGAGGAGGGUCAGGUUGGGCAUCCCUUAAAGAGGUAAGGAUGGCAGUUUCCUUCCCUAAAGGACAUGAGUGAACCAGAUGGGUUUUCCCCCCAACAAUUGGCAAUGGAUUCACGGUCAUCGUUACAUUAGGUUGUUAAUUCCCGAUCUGUUUCCUUGAUUGGAUUUAAAUUCCACCAUUCUCCAUGUUGGGAUUCGAACCUGUGUCCCCGGGGUGUUAGCUGGGUGUCUGGAUUAGCAGACCCGCGGUAAUACCACCAGGCCACCUUCUGGCAAUGGAGCCUGCACUUGGGUUCGGGCUUGAACCAACACACCCUUCAGACUUGGCAAUGGGUGAGGGUCAAACACUGAGCUACAGGCCCUGCUAACUCCACACCCACCAACCCUACACCCCCGCAGCCCCCCCACCGCACCCCCUCCCCCCGCAGGCCUAACCCCUCACACAGGCCCUGCCACACCCCCUCGUCCCCGCAGGCCUAACCCCUCACACAGGCCCUGCCACACCCCCUCCCUCCGCAGGCCUAACCCCUCACACAGGCCCUGCCACACCCCCUCCCCCCCGCAGGCCUAAUCCCUCACACAGGCCCUGCCACACCCCCUCCCCCUGCAGGCCUAAUCCCUCACACAGGCCCUGCCACACCCCCUCCCCCUGCAGGCCUAAUCCCUCACACAGGCCCUGCCACACCCCCUCCCCCUGCAGGCCUAACCCCUCACACAGGCCCUGCCACACCCCCUCCCCCUGCAGGCAUGAUCCCUCACACAGGCCCUGCCACACCCACUCACCCCUGCAGGCCUAACCCCUCACACAGGCCCUGCCACACCCCCUCGCCACUGCAGGCCUAACCUCUCACACAGGCCCUGCCACACCCCCCCCCCCCCC